ACCAAUAGCGGAAAGUCUUACAUAAAAAACGAGAACGUUGCGAUGUGUCCUGUACGGCGAAUGGCUGAACGUGAGACCGCACGAACCUGGGUUUGGUUGUGUGCUGUGGUGAACGAGAGGAACGGACCGGGUCCGUUUAAAACGUAAAUACAAAUAGUAUCACUGGCUCAAGUGACAAACAUCGUCAACUCUAAUAGCACAGUGUUCCUGAAGCAUAUCUGUAGUCCGGGGCUAAAAAAAAAAAAAAAAAAAAACAACAGCGACCAUCCUAACAUCAGUUUUCGUUGUAAUAAAGAGAUUCGCGCGCCUCUCGCCUCAGUGACUAGUUUCGAACUUCGGCUUCGCUAAUUUUUCGCGCCGGUGAGACUCCGUGAGCGUGUGACACCGAGUGACUAUGGAUGCGCGCCGCGCCGUCUGCCUGCCGCUGCUGCUGCUCCUUGUUGUGUGCGCGUGCACGGCGCGCGGUAAGCCCACGGCGCCGAGGAAAGAGCGGGUUCACCGCGAGUCCGAGCUGAGCGCGCGGCCGCACGAGGACAACCAAAGCCACCGGUACGACCACGAGGCCUUCCUGGGCAAGGAGGAGGCCCGCACGUUCGAGCAGCUGAGUCCGGAGGAGAGCAAGGCGAGGCUCGGGAAAAUAGUGGACAGAAUAGACAGCGAUGGGGACAGUUACGUCACGACCGGUGAGCUGAAGACGUGGAUCAAAAGGGUCCAGAAGCGCUACGUGUAUGAGAAUGUGGCCAAGGUGUGGUCUGACUAUGACCUCAACAAAGAUGACAAGAUCUCAUGGGAUGAGUACAAGCAAGCCACCUAUGGCUACUAUCUUGCCAACCCAGAGGAGUUUGAAGAUGCUACCGAUCAGUUCAGCUUCAAGAAGAUGUUGCCCCGCGAUGAGAGGCGGUUCAAGGCAGCUGACCUCGACGGCGAUCUGUCCGCCACCCGAGAAGAGUUCACAGCUUUCCUUCACCCAGAGGAAUUUGAGCACAUGAAGGACAUUGUGGUUCUCGAAACACUAGAGGACAUAGACAAGAAUGGGGAUGGUUAUGUGGACGAAGAUGAGUACAUUGCCGACAUGUUUGCACACGAGGAAGGUGGCCCAGAACCGGAUUGGGUAAAAACGGAGCGCGACCAGUUUUCAGACUUCAGGGACUUGAACAAAGAUGGGAAGAUGGACAAGGAGGAGAUCCGGCACUGGAUUCUCCCACAGGACUAUGACCACGCCCAAGCUGAGGCUAGACAUCUGGUGUAUGAGUCGGAUCGAGACAAGGAUGAAGUGCUGACCAAGGAGGAGAUCCUGGAGAACUGGAACAUGUUUGUGGGCAGCCAGGCCACCAACUAUGGGGAGGACCUUACAAAGAACCAUGAUGAGCUGUAAGGCCAUGGUGGAAUGGUGCCAGGCCUUUCCACCCACCACUCACUCCACUUCGAACAAAAGCAUUCUCCCCGGCAUGGCUGGACGCUCGCAGCAGUUCUACCUCACGUGCCGAGGAGGGUCUGUGUCUCCCCAGUUUGCACGUUUUAACAUCAUACCUGGCUUUCUUUAUCUGUGACAUUGACUGGCAUCUCUAUGGAGAAAGUGUAGUAUGUUAGGUUUUUAGGUAAGAAUGUCUGACAACUUUCAUAUUUCAAAAUUUUUACCUUUAGACUUUUCAUAUUUGUACGUCUGUGUUGUAUAUUUUUGUAUUCCCAAAUUUCGGCAUUGAGCUUUUUGAAGUCCGAUCUUUUAAAAAAAAUAGUUUAAUGUAUAAGCAAGUUCUGAGGAGAUGGCAGUGGUUGGGUGCUUGUAUUGUUGGAGUCGCCUAGCUUUCAAUGAAAAUUUUUAAUUUAUUUAGUCAUUUAAAACAGUGUUUGUAGGUGAUACAGGAGCAAAGGUUAGUUCUCACAAGCAUUAUUUUACAGAAAGAUUAAAUUUUUCCACAUUUCAAUUGGGCUUCAAGCAUCUUAAACUUUAUUAUUCAGUACUGCAGUAGUUACUGAUAUUGAUAUUGUUAAAGCAGUUCAUUGUCUCAAGAAUUCUGUUUUGCUCUGCAUGCCUUUGCAUGUGUUUAAUUUUAACCUCGUGAAAAAGUUUAGUUGUAUUUCAUUUUGUUGUUUUUUUUAUUUUUAAAUAAACUGUUAGCCUUUGAAAACCAAAUGUGUAACCUUCAAAAAUGAGCCUAUGGAAUAUACUUCAAAAUGGAUUGUAAAGUGUGGUGCCUAGAUAUGAACAGACUUGAAUUGCAAGAAGAGCAGCAUCUGUUCUUCACUUUGAUACCUUACUGACACCCCAUGUUCAGGUUUUAUCAUUCUCCAUCCUUACAGGGGUCUUCCAUUUAGCUAUUGUGUCCUUUCAUUUAUCUUACAAAGUAUGAAAAAUGUUUACGUGUUGCUGGUAAAUAAGCAAAUUUUUCUGAUUCAUCAGUAUUUGUGUAUUAAAUGGGUCAAUAUAAUUUUUGCUUCUGAAACAGCCUAAGUACAGAUUUUGCUACAUCUUGGUGCUGUUAGUGUACCUUUCUGGUAGAGCACAGCAUACACAGAAUGGACUUCUAGAGCUCAGCGGUUUUCCCUCAGUGAUAUUGGGAGGGAUGAAACCUCUCAGAGCAGCAUGGGGGGGAACGUCAUCGUAACAUCUGCAUAACUGAACUUAGUUAGGGGUCCACUGAAUUUGGAAAUAAAGGGGGAAGGGACUAAGAUCCCAUGGCUUGCAUCACAAGUGCUCUUCAGACUUGUCUAGCCUCCCAACACAUACAGUACAUGCAUGCAUGCACUGAUACAUAAAUGGGCUGAACCUGUCUUUAAAUGGACACCAGACUCUCACAGCAGUUGACCAGUGCUGCAUGUCAACUCCUCAUUGUUCAGUGUGACUGAUUGCCCUAAAUUUGCAUGUUAAUGAUCAUCAUUUACACCUAGGUCUUCACCACAUGCUGACCAGCAGUUAGCUACACGAUUGGCGCAGGGAUGGUUCAUAUACCAUGCAUGAACAUGAGCACAAUUGUACGUUUGGUCAAAAUCACUGCACUGUUAAGAGACUUGCUAAUUGACAUGAAUGAACUGGUUGCCUUGCUUUGACUGAGUGGCUCUGACCAGCGCAAAAGCUGUAAUUUGUAGCUUCAAGCAAUUGUGCUUUAGUGUAACUGAAGAAGCAGUGGGUCCACUUGUCACAGAGCUCGUCUAUUUACUUAUGUUGUGGAUGCCAUAUGUGUGCCACUUUUCGUAAUGUUUCGGAUACAUUAACAUGGUUUAGCUUGAUGCUAAUAGUACAAAAUUAUGUAAAAGGCAUUAAUUUCAAAUCCAGGCCAAUGUCUGUUACAAAAUAACUAAGUUUUAUACUAAUUUGUGAGUACCAAUUUUGAGUCCAAAGAAAUGAGUAUUCUAGUCUGCAUGACUAAUGCCUGUGAUGGCCACCUUAUUAAAUUCAAAAUUAAAAUGGAAAAAAAAAUCUGACCUUUUCUCUACUAAAUAAACAAAAUUACACCGAUAUAAAAUAUCCAUUGUAACAAGGUGCUUGCAAGAAGAAUUCUUAACAGAAUAUUUGUCGAAUUCUUACACUUCACUCUCGUCAUGCUAUUCAAACAAUUUAACAAAGAACUGUAGUCAAUUAGAUUUUUUUUCUUUAAACCAAAUAAAGAAGCUAAUAGUGUUUCAAAAACAUAGGCUUUCAGUGUAUGUCCAAACAAUUAAGAUUUUUGCAUUACAUUAUUGUAUGAAAAUUAUUCAAAUGUAGUUCAAAAGAGCAACCCAGUGCUGCCAUGUACAAGGCAUUCAAUUCCUGUGGAAAACACUCACUCUACAAAAAUACGAGGCAUUGUGUAAAUGCACGUUUGCAAAUACGUGGGCAGAAGUAUAAGAAAAAGAUCCUAGUAUUUUUUAAUACAAAUUAAAUCGGUAGGCAUUCCUAAAUGUGUCCAGUUUCAAAUAAAUAAAUAUGUAUUUCUUCUUGACUCUGAUAUGUGACUACAUUAAAUAAUCU